AUGAAGGGUCUCUUCGUUCCUAAUGGCGGAACACCGCUUACUCGCUGGAAAGCACUCGGGCGUAGUAGUACCUGUCCAUCGCUUCUAUACAUUUUGAUAAGCACCGCAAUCCUCGCGACUAUGUAUCUCUACACGUCAUUUGGCCAUGACCACAUAUUCUCCGCCUCUCAAUUUGCAACUUUCCACAAAUGCUCAAUCAACACCUAUCUGUCCACUGGCCUGCCCUUCCUAGACUCAGCACAACCACCACCACUAGAAGAAUACGUACUUCGACGCAACAACCUCGCUAAAGCGCUUGUUGCCGAAAACGUGGAUGCAUUCGUGGUAGAGCCAGGGUACACAUUUAGUUACUACGCAAACGUGACACAGCAAGACUGGGAGUCCUGGGAGCCCGAAGAACGCCCAUUUUUAAUGGUCAUCCGGCCUCAGACGCUGGAAGACGGGGGUAUAGUGGCAAAUACGUCGUUCUUGGUGCCGAGUUUUGAAGAGACGCGUGCGAGGCUGCUCGAUAUGCCAUUUGAACAUGAUAUCCACACGAUUACGUAUCAAGAGCAUUGGGACUAUUACACCACGCUUUACCUCUCUGAGAUCUGGGGGGAGAAGCUAUCACCCAAACUGAUGGUUGAUGAAGAAAUACGCGACUUUAUCCAACGUGGGCUGGCGUCGAAUGGCUUUACCGUCUCAGGUUUGGCCGGUGAAGUGGAAGCUGUGCGACAAGUCAAGACGGAGCGCGAGAUUAGCAUUCUGAAAGCUGUUAAUACGGGAACGGUGGAAGCUAUUCGUGCCAUGAGACAGUGUCUCUAUCGUGGUGUGACGGAGAAUGAGGUCAAACAUGUGUUGGACGAUGCGCUAAGAGCCGCUGGGCUCGAUCCGUUCUUUGAUAUUGUCGAGUUUGGAAAAAGCGCUGCCUUGCCCCAUGGCGGGUACGACGGGACCAGGAAGUUGGAUGCUGGCAUGUUUGUCCUUAUUGAUGUUGGCGCAAAAUUACAUGGGUACAGUUCCGACGUAACUCGCACAUUUUAUCCACCGUUUGAGCCAGUGCCGCCAACAACGUCGGAACACAAUACAACUGAGCAGCUAGAGGUCUGGCAGCUUGUGCUAGAUGCACAGGCUGCUGCUGUCAAUGCAAUGAUACCGGAUUCCACGGCCGCCGCGGUGGAUCUUGCCGCACGCGACAUUAUCCAAGCUGCAGGCUACGGCGAUUACUUUACCCACCGUCUAGGACAUGGCAUCGGCAUCAAGGCACACGAGAGCCCAUACCUCAACAAGGGCAACUCCGUAGCCACAUUACGCCCAGGCAUGGUAUUCACUGCCGAACCGGGUGUUUAUCUUCUCAACAAAUUUGGUGUGCGCCACGAGGAUGUCCUCGUAGUCAGGGAGAAUGGGGAAGCGGAAAACAUUAGUGGUGGCUUUGCAAAAGGACCGUGGCAGCCUUGA